AUGCUUAUUAUUGUAGCUGUUUUACCUCUCCUCUUUUUUACAAACCUAUUGUGCAUUUCAAAUGAGCUUUCGGAAACAGUUCAGAUGGCCACUGAGAGACCAUUAUCGUUAAAAGAUCAAAUAGUGCAAAAUUGUAGCGAAUUUUAUCCUUGGCGAAAGAUUCGACUUCCAUCAGAUCUCUAUCCCACUUAUUAUCUCAUGCGCAUUCAGCCGAACUUAACCACUUUAUCUCUAACAGGUUCCAUCACUGUUACUAUAAAAAUGGUUUGUGAACGGUUAGAACAAUGGGCAUUUCAGCUGAAUCGCAAAAUUCAUAUGAACGAAACGAUUCGUUUUCAUAUAAAUUAUAAAGGAUAUAUUCAUAACGAUCUCGUUGGAUUUUAUGUUAAUCGUCAUUUUAACGAAAAAGGAAAUGAAAUAAUAUCGGCAUCAACGCAAUUCGAAGCAACAAACGCGAGAAGGAUGUUUCCAUGCUUUGAUGAACCAUCUUAUAAAGCCAUUUUUGAUUUGUCUGUUAUACAUGACCCAACCCACAUUGUUCGCACGAAUAUGCACCUCAUUAAUUCCAUGUACUAUAGAAAUGGACUGGUAAUUGAUCAGUUUGCUCCAACUGUAAAGAUGAGCACUUAUCUGGUAGCAUUAGCUGUACUCAAUGAAUACGAACAAAUUUCCAACGUCACUCAAAAAACGAAAUAUUCUGUUGAAGUGAGCGUUUUCGCACAAUCGAAUGUAAUCGCUGAUCAAGCAGAAUUUGGAUUAAAAACAGGCAUUGAUAUGAUUGCCCUAAGUGAUUUUGCGGAAGGCGCUAUGGAGAACUGGGGUAUGAUAACAUUUCGAGAUGGUAUGUUGUUGCACAAUCCAAAAAGAUCGACGACAAGAAGCAAGGAAAUGAUAGCACUUGUUAUAUGUCAUGAAUAUGCGCAUCAGUGGUUUGGUAACUUGGUGACCAUGAAUUGGUGGAAUGAUCUAUGGCUCAACGAAGGAUUUGCUAAUUACAUGGAAUAUUUAUGUGUCGAGAAAAUCUAUCCAGAAUGGAAAGUGAUAGAAAAUUUUUACUUGGAAAACUUUGUGACAAGUAUGAUGUUGGACGGCUUAGAAACGUCACACGCCAUAUCAACAAAAGUCAACGAUCCAGCUCAAAUUGGCUCGAUAUUUGAUGUUAUUUCUUAUCAGAAGGGCGCAUCAAUCAUUGGAAUGAUAAUGGGUUUGGCUGGUGCUGAUAAUUUCCAGAGAGCACUUCGAGAAUAUCUGCAGAUCUACGCGUACAAUAAUGCAGAAGGCGACGAUCUUUGGAGAAUUAUUCAAGAUCAUACAUCGCUAGACACGGAAAAUACGAGCGUCGUAAAUAUUGCUCAUUGUUGGACAACACAGGUCGGAUACCCAAUGGUGGCUGUAAGUAUAGACAGCAAGACGAAUUCGUUUAUUUUGCACAACCAGACUCGUUUUUUAUACCUCGAAGAAUCUCGAAAAAAGGCUGCGUCAACUUUUUGGCCAAUACCGAUACAGUACAGAACUGAUUUGUCGGAAAACUUAAACCUCACGUGGCUCAAACGCGGUGACAAAGAUAUUAAAAUUGAAUUACCCGAAAAGCCUCGUUGGGUAUUAGCAAAUGUGCAUUCACUCGGAUAUUUUCGGGUUUUUUACCACCAAGAGAUAUACGAAGAAUUUAUGAAGCAUUUCGCAGUGAAUCAUACUAUAAUUUCGGCGGUGGAUCGUGCUGUAAUUAUCAAUGACGCAUUCUCCUUUGUCAAAGCUGGUUUAAUGGCGAUUGACACGGCAUUAAAUUUGAUAUUAUAUGUUAAAAAGGGCAAAGAACUGAAUCGAACACCGUGGAGUGUUAUCACAAACCAUCUCAGAACGAUUGAAAGUAUUAUUUAUGAAACUGAUUCUUUGCCACAAUUUCAGGAAUUUAUGCGCACAUUGGUCAAAUCAACUUACAAACAUUUGGGAUGGUCGUGGAAAAAGCGCGAAACUGAACGAAUGUUGCAAACUGAAAUACUUUCACUUGCUUGUCGGCUUCAUGUUGAAGACUGUAAAACUCAAGCUAUGGAGAGGUUUCGAUCAUGGAUUAACGACGAGAAUUCAGUCCAUGUGGAUAUUCAACCAUUGGUACUUGAAGAAGGAGUGAAGCAAGGCUCGUACGAAGACUGGGAUUUGCUUUACUCAAAAUUCAUUAAGGCGAAAAAUCCUUCGCUAAAAAUUAUGAUUCUUACGGCACUUUCUGCAACAAACGAUCUGAGAUUGAUAUACAGAUAUCUAAAUAUGUGCUUGAAGCCCACGAUUAUUAAGCCAAGUGUUUUGCCAAAAGCAAUUGGAUUUCUCGUGCAAAAUCCAAUCGCAAAUCUUCAUGUUUGGCGAUUCUUUUGCGUUCACUACGAUGAAUUCAACAAAUUAAUUGGUAAAACAACAACAAUGCUUGGUGUCGCUGCAAAAUCAAUCAUCGAAAGUUUCAGCACACAAUAUGCAUUAGAAGAAAGUGUGAGGUUCUUUGAGGGGAAACAGCUGGGUGCAUCCAAACCACGUAUAGAACAAGGAAUUGAUUCAAUCCGUAUCAACAUACAAUGGAGGAAAUAUAAUGAAGAAGCACUGAAUCGGUGGCUCAAAAACUGGAAACAUUCUAUGAUUCUAUGA